UCCCUAUCAACACGCCUAAGCAAACCUCCAUCAUCCCCAAUUUCAACCCUCUCUUCACCGCCCUCCAAUUGCCUCAACCGAACCACCGCGUAGCCAUCGCCGACUCCGCCUCGAUCUCUCCCUUUCUUUCCGAUCGCUCGACCGGCAUCGAUCUCCGCCGUCAAGUUUCCGAGGACACCGAGGGUUUCUUAGGGCGGUGAUCAAUCAUGUUUAACCGGCUUUUCGGGAAACCUAAGCAGGAGACCAACGCUCUCACCACGUUGGACAAGUUGAACGAGACACUUGAAAUGCUGGAGAAAAAGGAGAAGGUUCUCAUAAAGAAGGCUUCUCAAGAGGUUGAGAAAGCGAAGGAGUUCACUAGAGCAAAAAAUAAAAGGGCGGCAAUUCAAUGCUUAAAGAGGAAGAGGCUGUAUGAACAGCAGAUUGAGCAGCUUGGAAAUUUCCAACUUCGGAUUCAUGAUCAGAUGAUAAUGUUGGAAGGGGCAAAAGCAACGACUGAGACUGUGGAUGCUCUGAGAACUGGAGCAAAAGCAAUGAAAUCAAUGCAGCAGGCGACGAAUAUUGAUGAUGUGGACAAGACCAUGGAUGAGAUUAAUGAACAAACGGAGAACAUGAAACAAAUUCAAGAGGCAUUGUCAACUCCUAUUGGUGCAGCCGCUGACUUUGAUGAGGAUGAGCUUGAGGCAGAGCUCGAAGAACUGGAAGGCGCUGAGUUGGAAGAACAGCUCCUUCAGCCCGCCACAACAGCUCCUGCUGCUCCAGUGCAUGUCCCAGCUGGUCCGCGUCCAGCCCGCCCUGUUCCUCAGCGGACAGCCGAGGAGGAUGAACUUGCUGCUUUGCAGGCUGAGAUGGCACUUUGAGCAGGUCUUGCUGCUCAUAGUUAAUGAGGCUGUGUAAAGACCUGGCCGAACCUGUAAUAUGGACAUUCCUGCUGCUGUGCUGCUAUGCCUAUGCAUCAAUAUUUUUCUGUGGUUCCAUACUGAAAAGACGUGUAUAUAAAGGUGGCAUGAUUCGAAAGUUGCUCCCCUUUGAGACCUGUAUUCUGCUUUCUGGUGCUUCUAGCGUGGUCUCUUUUUUAAUUUCAAUGUCGAACAUCAAGCUUAUCCUUAUUGUUUGGAAGACAUCUCUGGAUAUCUCGGGUUAGAAUUUUAUUUUC